AUCCCAUAUUCCCAUCCGGAAAACAAAGCAGCACCAGCACAACAGAUCGAUAGCAAGAGCUGCCGCUGCAACUCCUACUGUUUCUUCCGGCCGGGCACUACCGGUCAGAACAAUGGAUAACAAAUCAGCCUCCUCCUCGUGCGUCAUCACCCCGGCGGCCACGUCCACCAUGUCAUCAGCCGGCGGCGAGAGCAGCUGGGCCGUGCACAUCGCGAACUUCCUGGCCUCCAUGCCGCAAGACGACAUCGCAACGACGGAUGAUCCGCAAGCGGCGGUCUCUGGCGGCGGCGGCAGCUUCUCUUCUUCCUUCGAUUCCUUUGGCGACGCCGACGCCUCCUCCUUUAUCACGUCUCAGCUCAUGUGCGGCGGCGACGACGACGAGUCCCUACAGGACACCGCCUGCUCUUCUGCAGCUGGCCAAAAGAUGGCUACCAUGGAGAGUUUCGGCUUGAAGCAAAUGGCAGCCAUGGAUGGCGCGAAAGAGUCCAACAUGCCCCACCACCUGCAGCUCAUGGCCAAGUACGUGGAAGCUGUGGGUUCAAAACAGCAGGUGACUGGCGUGGGGGAUCAACAAGCCAUCAACAGUUCAAGUAAUAGCGAGAAGGCGCUGCUGUGUGAGAGCAAUGAGCUGAGGAAGAGAGGGCUUUGCUUGGUCCCUAUCUCUAUGUUGAUAGACUAUCUCGGAUGAUUCUUUCUCAUGUAUAGUAUACCACCAGCAGUAUAUUCAAUACAGCGCGCUGUUAUGGUUCAUA